AUGUCUGGACCAGAAGUCCACCACCUCUUCCACCACCCCAUCGCCGACCAUUCCUUCUCAGCUGACCGCCAAACUCUCGCCGUGGCGCGGGAGAACAAUGUCGAGCUGUACCACCGGUCCGGCUCCAAGUUCGCCUUGAAGGAUGAAUUGAAGGGCCACGACAAGACCGUUACGAGCGUGGACAUUGCGCCCAACAGUGGCAUGAUUGUGACUUGUUCUCAAGAUCGCAACGCCUACGUCUGGGAACCCGCCCCGUCCGGCGAGUGGAAGCCGACCCUCGUGCUCCUCCGCAUCAACCGUGCCGCCACCUUCGUGCGCUGGUCCCCCUCAGAGAAGAAGUUCGCCGUGGGCUCGGGCGCCCGCGUUAUUGCGGUGUGCUACUUUGAAGAGGAGAAUGACUGGUGGGUCUCGAAGCACCUGAAAAAGCCCAUCCGGAGCACCAUCACCACCGUGUCGUGGCACCCGAACAGCGUGCUGUUGGCGGCCGGGUCGACGGACAGCCACGCCAGGGUGUUUUCGGGUUUCAUCAAGGGCAUCGACGAACGUCCUGAGCCGAGCGUCUGGGGGGAGAGACUACCCUUCAACACAGUGUGUGGCGAGUACUUGAACGAUGCGGCGGGGUGGGUUCAUGCCGUGUCCUUCUCGCCGAGCGGGGAUGCUUUGGCGUUCGCCGCCCACGACAGCAGCAUUACCGUGGUGUACCCUAGCGGGCCGGAUCAGCCGCCUAAAGCGAUGCUGAGCAUCUCGACGCAGACCCUUCCCUUCACGUCGCUGAUUUGGAACGGCGAAGCCGAGAUCCUCGCCGCGGGGUACGACUGCGAGUGCUUCCGCUUCCGGGGGACUGAGCAAGGGUGGGAGCUGGUGGGCAGCGUCGAGAUGCAGAAGCGCCCGGGCAUGGGUGGCGCCAUGAGAGAGGAGUCCGCGCUGAACAUGUUCCGGCAGAUGGACCUCAAGGGCAAAGUCAAGGACGACACACAGCUGAGCACGACGCAUCAGAACACGAUCAACACGAUCCGCGCGUUCCAGGGAGGUCCUGGCGGCGGCGUGACCAAGUUCAGCACGAGUGGCGUCGAUGGACGGGUCGUCAUUUGGACACUGUAG